AUGAGGUUGCUCGUCACGCUCAUCCCCCAGCUCUUUUACAUGAGGGUGCCGGUGUGCAGGGAGGCAGUGGGCGUUCCUGUUGCCUUCGGUUGCCCCCAGAGCCUUUUGCACAUGUGGGCAGACGAUGGCCACGAGUUACAUCGCCUGCCCUGGCUGUCACCUGGGACCGCAGUGGUGUGCACGGGGGCUCUGGCUAGCCCAGAAGACCCUGAAGAACGCCAGGGUGCCCAGGCUCCCCCUGGGGCCGCAGGGGGAGGUCCCUGUCCCAGCCCCCCGGAGCACAAGGAGCCAGCUGAGAUCCCCGUGCAGCAAGCUAUAAAGCGCUUCCUGAAGGAAGACUCGGACGAGGCAGAGCUGGCCCAGUUCCUGAAGGACUACCCUGGGGGAGAAAACCUUCGGAAAGUGGAGCCCGAGGAGAGCAGGCGGGACCCGGGUCCCGGUCACCCCUUCUCCAGUGUAGGCAGGGCGCCUGCUGAUGACCCCGUGAACGAGAAAGAUGCCAGGCCCUUCUCUCGGCCUCGGCCCUUGGAUUUUCAGCAGCACAUCACAGCACCCACGCCGCCGAGCCCUUCUCGGCCACGGAGCCCCUGGGGCCAGCUGGACCCCUAUGACUCCUCUGAGGAUGACAAGGAGUAUGUGGGAUUUGCGACGCUUCCCAACCAGGUCCAUCGGAAAUCGGUGAAGAAGGGCUUCGACUUCACACUCAUGGUGGCAGGGGAGUCCGGGUUGGGGAAAUCCACCCUCGUGAACAGCCUCUUCCUCACUGACAUGUAUAAAGAUCGCAAACUCCUUAACGCUGAAGAGCGCAUCACACAGACAGUGGAGAUCACCAAGCACGUGGUGGACAUCGAAGAGAAAGGUGUCAAGCUACGCCUGACCAUUGUGGACACCCCAGGCUUUGGGGACGCCGUGAACAACACUGAAUGCUGGAAGCCCGUGGCCGACUACAUUGACCAGCAGUUCGAGCAGUAUUUCCGUGAUGAAAGUGGCCUGAACCGGAAGAACAUCCAGGACAACCGUGUCCACUGCUGCAUCUAUUUCAUCUCACCCUUUGGCCAUGGCCUUCGUCCCCUGGAUGUAGAGUUCAUGAGGGCUCUGCACCAGCGAGUGAACAUCGUGCCUGUCCUGGCAAAGGCUGACACUUUGACACCCUCUGAGGUAGAGCGCAAGAAAAACAAGAUCCGGGAAGAGAUCGAACACUACGGGAUCCGCAUUUACCAGUUUCCUGAGUGCGACUCAGACGAGGACGAGGAGUUCAAGCUGCAGGACCAGGCGCUGAAGGAGAGCAUCCCGUUCGCUGUGAUCGGCAGCAACACAGUCGUGGAGGCCAAAGGCCGGCGUGUCCGCGGGCGGCUCUAUCCCUGGGGCAUUGUGGAAGUGGAGAACCCGGCCCACUGCGACUUUGUGAAGCUGCGCACAAUGCUGGUGAGGACACACAUGCAGGACCUCAAGGACGUGACGCGAGAAACCCACUAUGAGAACUACCGCACUCAGUGCAUCCAGAGCAUGACCCGCAUGGUGGUGAAGGAGAGGAACCGCAACAAGCUGACGAGGGAGAGCGGGACAGAUUUCCCCAUUCCUGUCAUCCCUGCGGUGCCGGACUCUGAGACGGAGAAGCUCAUCCGGGAGAAGGAUGAGGAGCUCCGACGGAUGCAGGAGAUGCUCCAGAAGAUCCAGAAACAGAUGAAGGACUCUCACUAGCCCUCUCCUCCUCCUCCUCCAACCCUGCCCCACUCAGAGACCGGAAAUGUUUACAUCACGCUACAUCCUGUCCAAGCCAAGCUAGGAAACUCGGUACCAACAACACACCUAUCACCUUAAGCUGCUGCAGUAUCGCCUUAUCGAAUCUUGCAAUGCUUGUCCUCUGGGAAUAUCAAGGAGACAUGGCUUCAUUCAUCCAGGGUUGCCGGCUGGCAUAUAUCCCAGGCCUCCCCCCACCAACCUGUGUCCUGUCCGGCUGCCAUGUCGUCUCGCCCGUGCUGUGUGCCGCUUGCCUCCUGAGCGGUCCCUUCUGUCCCUGCUGCCUUGGUCUUUGCUCUGUUUUACCGUGGAUCUCACAGCCCAGCGCUUGCUCUCUGCUCUACCCCUGCCCUGAGACCCCGUGGGCUGCCAGACUGGCAGGAUGCACGUUUUGACCUGGCUUUGCGGGGAGGCAGGCAACAGGCCCAACAUGUCCCGAAGGCUGGCGUAGCUCCCCAGAGGGGUGCUGGGCAGCUGCUGGUACCCUAGCCAUCCUGCUCCCUCUGCCACCCACACAACUGCUCUGUCUCCAUCCCACCUUGGGCUGUCCACUCAUGCUACAGGGUUUACACAGAGGAGAGCUUGGCCAGUGACUUAAGGAAAGGUAACAUGGAGGCCAAAGUGAGAGGACCAGUCCAAGCCCCGAAACCCCACAGCCUGGUGCCAUAUGCCUGGAGAGCAAAGUUCUUCCCUGGACUGGCCAGGGGCUGUGUCCCCUGCAUGGAUUCUCUGCAAGAUACCCUCGAGUGCAGCAGUGCCUGGGGAUCCCCUGGCUCUGGCAGCGCAGGAGCACAGCCCCGGCAGGCUGGUGCACAGCGUCUGCUGCUGGGUGCUCCCGAAACCUCAGCCAGGGCAGCUGCUGCUCUGCACUGUGUCUUGCCCAUCUCCUGGCUUCUUCCAGGGGUGGUCCCGACCUCCCUUGGCUGAUGUUGGAGCUGGGAGCUGCCUCAGCGCACGAUCCCCUCCUGUGGCUUGGAGCACAGCAGCCUGCGUAUCCUUCUCACUGCUGGGCUCAACUUGGACAGGGAGGGAUACCAGCUCCUGGGCAGGAACCAGAGUGUGGGCAGGGUUCCCUAGGUAGACACUGAGGGCCUAGAGGGGCAUCUUAGCCAGGGAUAGGAUCCAGGACAUCAGCCCUUGUCUGCCUUUUUGCCAGCACCAGCGAGAGGAGGGCCUGAAGCUCAGCGGUGCCCAGAGCUAUGUCAAGCCCUGGAUCCUCAGUAGAAUCUAUGUCCCCACCAAGCAUCUCCCCUUGGAAACACCCCAGCAAACCCUUGCAGAACUCUAGGCUGCACGAGGUUUUGCAGGGAAGCAAAUGGCACUGCUCUCGGGAACUGGGACUGGCCAUGCAGCAGGGUCCAAAUCUCUUGAGCUAUGCUGGAGGGGACAGCCCUUCUCAGCAGGGCCUUGGCUGGGCUCUUGGGUGGGUGGACAGACCCUGGUAAAGGCCACCUGCCUGGCAGGGAGCAAGACAGCAUCAGCGCUGUCUCAGGGGCUGAGACAGUGACUGUUCAUGGGAGGACACUGGGCAAGGACUUCCCUACCCAGAGCAGGGUGCUAUGGGUGCAGCCUGGACCUGCACCAUCCUUCUCAGGGUGUUUCAGCCUCUGGGGCCACUUGCUUUUCUCUCGUGUUCCUGUGUUACCCAGUGCAUGUGGCUUCCCAUUGCCCCAUCUCCCCCAGUGCUGUGUGCUUUCCGCCGGCAAGCCCUGGCCUGUACCUCGCCAUGAGAGGCCACAGGGCGUUGCUGGCACCCACGGCGCCAGGGCGCGGGGGGGCCAUGCCGUAGGAGCAAAGGAGCCCAAUCCGGCCUCCAAACCUUGGCUUCCCCCAGCUCCCUGCUUGGUAACUGGGAAAGACUAAAGGAGAUGGUGAGGCUGUGGGAAGGGCUGAGGUGGCCCCGAAGGGCUGGGAGGCAGGAAUUGGGAGCAGUGGGAUCACGGGGAGUGAGCUCAUGCAGGUAAGCUUUACCUGUCCCUUGGCAGGGCCAGGAGCAGGGAGAAGCCUCCUGGGUAGCUUUGAGCAGCACUCCUCAGGCCCAUUGAGAGGUUUGCGUCCCAAUAGUCCACAUGACUCGGCUUGAAGGUGACUGAGGUUAUCCUGAGGAUCAGCGUAGAUGUCGCAGGGCAUUUGGGGAAAUGCCCAUCAUGCGCAUGACCUGUGUUCCUGAGUCGGCCACAAGCCUGAGGGGUCCCUUCUCCUGCCGUGUUCACGGCAGGGACCCACCCAGGGUAUAUUAAUGCUUUCAACUUCCUUUUUUAUCUUGCUAUUUUCUUACAGAAAUACCUACCUUUGCAUGACAGUCAUAAAUGCAUUUAUUAAAGUAUAUAAAGAGUAUAGGUUUAUAAAUUCUUAUAGAUCUAGUGGAAAUAUUUUUAAUCCCUCCACAAAAGUUCUCAAUAAAUA